CGUGUACGUUUUUGCGAGGGCAGUGUUGUUUAAAAAAAAAAAAAAAAUUUUGGCGAGGUGUAACCAAGGUAGUUUUGGUAGUAGUUAGAAUGGCUUCUGCUGAUCCGAGAUUGCGCCAACUGAAGAUAAAAACGGGUGUACUGAAACGAUGUGCCAAGGAAAAAGUAAUGUAUGAAAAAGAGGCUGAUGAAAUAGCAGCAAAAAUCGAGCGGAUGAAAGCAGACAACAAAAAUGAAUAUGAUAUACGAAAGCAAAAUGAAGUGUUAGCUGAAUCUAAAAUGAUGAUUCCAGAUUGUAAGAAAAGAAUUGAAGCAGCUUAUAGAGACCUAGAAAGCCUUAUUGAGGAAUGUAAAACUGAUUUUGCUGAAAUGGAAGAGCUAGAGUUAGCAGUUGAACAAUUGAAACAAGUCACGAUCUAAUUAAAAUCUAACUAAUCCCAAUUGUAGGAGUUAUUAAAAGACAAUUGUGAAUAUGAUAAUAGGUUUGUAUUGCUUUCUACAUGAAAAAAUAUUUUGUUUAGGUAUGUUGAAACGCUGUGUGUCUAUAAAGAAGCAUAGAAAUCUAUAUAGAAUUUUAAAAAUUCUAUGAAAAUUAAAGAGUCUUUUGAGGAGCUAAUAAAAUUAAACCAUAGAAUUCAAUGGUUACUUUGUAUUUUUUGCUUGUGUCCCUGGGCAAGGCACUUUACCUACAGUUGUCCAACUCCACCCAGGAGUACAAGUCUUACCUGGUAGGUUCAAACACAAAAUGCAUUGAUCACAGCUGGAACAUUAUAUAAAUAUUAUAACUGCAUGAUUACAAUUGUAAGCUUUCAAAUUGAUAAUUGUAGUAAGAAAGUACUUUUAGUCAGCAAUUAAAGAUGUAUAAAUAUUUCUGUUGUUGUAAUCCUUUGUACAAACUCAUAUUAAUCUAAUUGUAAGGCAUUUCACACUAGCAAGCCAAGUGUCAAAAUUCUAAGUGUAAAACUUGGAAUAUUUCUAAAGUAAAAGACCCUUUAUUGUCCAUCAUUUAGUUGGAAUGACUUCAAAAUCAAAUUUACAUUGAAUGAAGUGUUUUGGUACUUUUAAUGCUUUUAUGUAACUUUACCACUUUAAAAAACAGUACAUUAAUACCCUAAAAGAUGAUUAAAUAAAUACUAAAUAAAUAUAUUAUUUAAUCAGUUAGCUUAUUUGGAGUAUUAGCUGUUAGGACAAUUUAAAGAUUUUUGUAGUAAAAAAAUCUUCAAAUUAGAUAAAACUGGAAUGUUUUGGUCUGUGUUGUUUUUGAUUGCACCAAUGUUUUUAUAAUUCAUCAUAGGCUGUAUUCGACUGGUCGUUCUUCGUUAAACCACGGCCACCUACAGUAGUAAAC